AUGGCGGAUGCACGAGAACGACUGUGGGUGUUUGCUCUACUGUGUACACUAUUCGCAUCAACCGCUGCUACGAACCUGGGAACCGUCACUCCUUGCCCAUCAUGUCCAGCAAAGAUUGCCCCGAGGAAAAUCACAGUCACGCACCAAUACCAAACUGUGUCAACAUGCAAGCCUUCGACAACGACAAUUACACAUCAUCACAUGACGAAGAUCAAGCAGACACCUUCCUGCAGCUCUUAUGCAUGGGUGUCAACGAGCAUUCCAACGUAUAGCAACAGCAAGGUGGCCAAGACGUUGAUUACAUCGACGCAACAGCCGGUCACAUUCAGGCACGAACAUUAUACCCAGACGAAACUUUACAAGGAGAUCCGCCUCGUGACCGAAGUCACAACAGUAACAGGCCGCCCUCAGGCGAAGACUGUCCGUCGUACAUCCACCAAGACUGCCUAUACUACCGUCGACGUCCAGAGGGCGUGCAAAUACAAGUCACUGGGUCCAAUUGCCGUUCCGAACUAUCGUGGAAGCGGCCUGUGUACCGAUUGCGGUCCCGACAAGAACGGUGCCCUGACUCAAAGAAUGGCAGUGGUUUCUUGUGCCAAUGAGCACUGCACCACCUUUCAAGAGACUUGGAUUGCGUACCCACAGACAUACACGCACAAAGGAAAGACGCAGACCUCGACCAUCACGCAUACAUACUGUCCCACGGCUACGACGAUCAGUCCUCAGCCAGCGUCAACUCACGCGGCCAUGCCUACCGCAACGCCUUCAGGACCGGGAGCUCCACCAUACCAGUCCUCAUCCCUGUCUGCUGGCGGACCAACGAACCCGAAUGCCCCAGCCUAUCCGAGCACGACGGAGAUAACUCCAUCGGUUCCCCAACCCACGACUACUCCGUGUACAACGACCAAAGCCCAGGCGACGACGUCCUCGGGGACAGAGGAAACGUCUACGGACUCGUACGAUCCGGAACCGUCAGACGAUCCAUCCGGUGACCUCUACUUCGAUCAUCCAGCUUCGACUGCUUACCACGCACCGGCGCAGUCUUACAAAAUGUUCAAACGAGAAGGUCUGGAGAAGCCACGGGGCAAGCUUGCAAAGCGCGGCGGCUUGUUGUUCUGGGAAAAGUAA